GGCAUUUCCAUGCUGCGCUCUCCUCCUGCCCUCCUGGGGCAGCUUGCCUCCCUGACGGUGGCUCAUCUUCCUUUUCUUCAUGGCUUCUCCAACAUCCCAGUCGGGAGUGGCAGCGCGAGAACCGCCGCCGCCCCCUCGCAGCGGCAGGAACAACAGGCGGGGUAGCCAGUUGCUGCUGAAGCUUUCCUUGACGAAGGUUUACAAAUGAGCGAAUUAGGACAUUUUAACCGGAGUCACACUUCACGGCAACAUGAUUCGUUCAGUUCACAGCCCAGCCAGCAGAUUCCCGUCCAGAGCCGCUGACCUGUGCCAUAACAGAGGAAGAAUGACUUUUAACAAUGCAAAAAUAACAACAUUUUCAACCAUGCAUCCCUGCUCCCGUCCUUUCUCAACAACCGCGGGAGCAUCCACCACGCGGGGGCACUGUUGCAAAACCCAAGGGCAACGGAGCAGCUAUUCCGCCCGGAAUCUCCAGCCUCUCGCGAGAGUCUCAGCUCCGGUUGAGCGCGCGCAAGAUUUGAAGGCAGCGCGAGGAAGAGACCCAGCUGCCGCAGAUAUGAAAGGGGAAAAGUUGAUUGAUAUUAGGAAGGCUUUUGAGGAAGCUCAAAAACCUCACCAAAAUCAGGCCAAAUUGGUGGCAUCUUUAAAGCAUACCUAUAAUGAAUUACAAGACAAGGACGAUUUUCAUGAAAAGUUUGUUCAUUAUCUGAAGUAUGCUAUGGUAAUCUACAAACGAGAACCUGCAGUGGAACAAGUGAUAAAUUUUGUAGCCAAGUUUCUGGCUUCAUUGUAUCAUUCAGAGAAAGACGAUGCUGAAGAGGAAGAAAUCGAAAAUCCCUUUCUAAAUUCCCUGUUCACCUUUCUUCUUGAGUCCCACCCUGCUAACAGCAAUGCAGUUAGAUUUCGUGUGUGCCAACUUAUUAAUAAACUUUUGGGAAGUCUGCCAGAGAAUGCCCAGAUCGAAGAUGAACUGUUUGAUCAGAUUAAUACUGCUAUGCAGCUCAGAGCAAGAGACAAAGUACCAAAUGUGAGAAUCCAAGCUGUGUUGGCUUUGUCUAGGCUUCAGGAUCCCAAGGAUGACCAGUGUCCAGUUGUUAAUGUUUACAAUAGUUUAAUUGAGACUGACUCCAACUCAGAAGUAAGGCGUGCUGUGUUGUCCUGCAUUAGUCCAUCAGUUAAAACUCUGCCCAAAAUUAUUGGUCGUACCAUGGAUGUAAAGGAUACAGUCAGGAAAUUAGCAUAUCAGGUACUGGCAGAAAAAGUUCAUGUCAAAGCUUUGACAAUAGCCCAGAGAGUAAAACUUUUGCAGCAAGGACUUAAUGAUAGAUCAGAAAGUGUGAAAGAAGUGGUACAGAAACAGCUUCUCCAAGCUUGGUUACGUCUAGUUGAAGGAAAUGUCUUAGAAUUGCUUCAUCAUCUGGAUGUGGAGAGUUGCCCCGAAGUGGGUGUUCUAGCUCUUAAUGCUAUGUUCCUGCUGUCUCCUUGCCAGGACCUGAUUAAAAAGUUUUCAGAACUUGAUGAAAGGAAAACCAUCCCAAUAGAAAAACUGACUGCAGAGAGUGCCUUAUAUUGGAAAGCUCUUUGUGAGCACUUGAAAUCCAAAGGAGAAGAAGUCUUAGAAGAAGUCUUGCCAGAGACUGCUAUCUAUGCGGAUUAUCUGUUGAGCUACUUUCAAAGCAUUCCAGAACUCAGUCAGGAAGAAAAGGAAGAUCUGGCCUGCUUUGAGCAAUUGAUGACCAAGGAAUUUAUAGGUCAGCAGUUAAUUCUAAUGAUUGGUUGCAUGGAUAUCACCGAAGAAGGAGGCAGGAAGAGAAUGCUGAGUGUUCUACAAAAAAUUCUUAUGAUUCCAACCACAUCAGCAUCCCUUGUAUCCCAUCUUAUGGAAAAGUUGCUCUGCCUUUUGAAGGAUGAUGACCAAAGAAUCCAGAUGGUUGCUGAAAUAAUUUCAGAGACGCGGGAAACCAUUAUGACAGUAGACAAGCAGCAAGACGCAAGUGAGAUAAGAAAACAAGAGCUUAAGCUGGCAGAAAUAAAAGUGAAACUCAUGGAAGCAAGGGAUACUCUGGAGAAGUGCGUAGCCACACAAGACUUCAGCCAUGCUUCUGUGUUAAAGGAGAGGAUUAUAGAGCUAGAAGGUAUAAAGAGUGGCUUGUUGAAAGAGGCGGAAGAAUCCGAAACUAAAGAGAUAUCCGUGGAAAAGAGUGAUCCAGAAACACUUCUGAAGUGUUUGAUGAUGUGCAACCAACUUCUGAAGCAGAUCUCACUUUCCAAAGGGUUAGGACCUACGUUGGAUGGAAUAAUUGAAUCCCUGAUAAUUCCAGGAAUUACUAAUAUCCAUCCUGCUGUGCGAAACAUGGCGGUGCUGUGCUUGGGCUGUUGUGGCCUGCAGAGCAAGGAGUUUGCAAGUCAGCACCUCACUUUGCUGUUGCAGGUAUUGCAAAUUGAUGAAACGAAGGUAAAAUUGAGUGCUUUAAAGGCACUGUUUGACCAGGUAAUGAUAUUUGGAAUAGAACCAUUCAAAGACAGAAAAGUUCAAACUGGAAAUGAAGAAAAUGAGAGUGAGAAAACUAAGGAAACAGAAGAAGAAACAGCUACCACUCACAAUCUUCUUCAGCUUCUUUCUGGGUUUCUAGAUAGUGAGGUUUCAGAACUUAGAACCGAAGCUGCCGAGGGACUGGUGAAGCUCAUAUUUUCUGGCCGGCUAAUCAGUGCUAAGCUUCUUUCUCGAUUGGUUUUGUUGUGGUAUAAUCCAGUGACAGAAGAGGAUAUACGUCUCCGACAUGCCUUGGGAGUUUUUUUCCCUUUAUUUGCAUAUUCAAAUAGAACUAAUCAGGAAUACUUUGAAGAAGCUUUUCUUCCAACGUUGCAAAUAUUAUUUAAUGCUCCAGCUUCAUCACCAUUGUCAGAGAUUGAUGUAGCUAACGUUGCUGAACUUCUGGUGGAUCUAACAAGGCCCAGUGGGUUGAAUCAACACUUUCAAAACUGCCAGGGUUUGACCGUUCAUGAUAAUUUAGCGCUGAAAAUCUGCAAUGAAAUUUUGACGGAUCCAAGUGCGCCAGAUGUCCGGAUAUACGCAAAAGCUCUCUGUUCCUUAGAAUUCAGUAAGGAUUUCACAAAUGACCUCAUGGAUUUAUUGGAGGACAUUCUUGUGAAAGUAAAAGAUAAAGUGUCUUUAAAAAUGGUUGAAAAAGUGAAGAACAAUUUAAACAAAGAAAGCCCUGUUGAUGGACAUGUUUCAAAAGAAAAAGACACUGCAGAAGUAGCUGAAAACAAUUUGGACUGCAAUAAAUCAUGUACGUCCACUGACCAGAAUGAGGAAGGUGAUAAAGUAAUCACUCCUACUGAAGACCCAGAGAACACACCUCUAAAGCCAAGAUCUUCAAGAAACAGAGCAACAAAAGGUCUGAGAAAAAUAGAAGUGCAGACUGAGCAGCAAAGUGGGCGCUCUAGAACUAAAGGAUCUGAAAGUGACAGAGAAAUUCAGCAACCUGUUUCCAAACCAACCCGUCGAAUCAAAACAAGAGCUCUUGCAAAAGCGAAGAUGGAUCUCUCCAAGCUUCUAGACAAAGAAUAGGUUAACCAAAUCUGAUGGUCACUAAAAUUUGCUUUAUAUGCUGAAUAAUAAAGAUAAAAUCAUUUUAAUGUGGUAUAUUUCAUACAAAGAUGUCUCUAUUUUUUUUAAUAAAAAAAAUAGUGCCCAUUAAGUAUGGUUGAGAAUUAUACUUAAUUACAACCAUUUUUUACUGCAUAUAUAGUUCAAGCUGUUACUCUAAAAGCUGUUUGGAUGGUUAAAUCACUUUUGUUUUUCAAAAUGUAAACGUAUUUUGAAAUUUGUCCUUUGUGAAAUGUAAUAAAACAUUGUAGAUG